AUGCUCCGCUGGGUGGUGAAGGAGGUUGAGAGCCCGUAUGGGAACGUCGCCACUGUGCACUGGGCGGUGGAUGAUGGUGAUGAUGACAAUGUGGAAGCGGCCACGGAUGCGUUUGAUGCAUCAUUGCAGCAACAGCUGGAAAAUGCCGAGGAUCAGCUUGGGGCAGUGCUGUGGAACAGUAACGCCGUCGCCCUGCGUUAUCUGCACGAGCACGUGCUCCGUGACAAGGCCAGCGCAUACCGCGUGGUUGAGCUCGGUGCUGGCGUUGGUUGCCUCGGCAUUGCACUGGCGAUGGCAGGGGCGCGCGUCGUUAUCACGGACCUGAAGGAACUCCUGCCGCUGAUGCAAAAGAAUAUUGAGAUGAAUGCGGCGAGGAUACGGUUAAGGAGCAACGGGCAGGGUUCAUGCACGGCACUGGCGCUGCGAUGGGGCCCGCCACCGCGUUUAAAGAAGCGAAUGAAGAAGCAACAAGAAGACGAGAUAUCCCUUGGGUCGAGGCCGAAGGAGACAUGGCCGUAUGCUGGGCCGUCUCCAUCGUUUCUGGCGCUACAGCAGGAGUUGGAGCGCGUCGACAUGGUAGUGCUGUGCGAUGCUCUCUACGGCAACGCGAGGGACUGGCCGCAACUGCUCUAUACAUUGUCGGAGAUCCUCGCAGCAAAUCCAUCCUGUGAGGUAAUCAACUUCUGCGAGCAGCGUGUGAACAAUGUGGAGGGGGAUUUUUUGCGCCUGUUGCAGCAGGAAAACAGCAAGAGCGUGGCUUCUGAUGCAGAGGACGGGAAAGAAAAAGAAGAAGAAAGUUUGGAAUCGGCAUUAACGCGUAUGCGUGGGGCAUACGAGUGGUGGAGCGCAACGGAAGUUGUAAGGGAAGGAACGAGCGAUUUGGGCAUGACCGUCUGCGCCACACGUAUCCGUUGGGUGCCGCGGAGGAAAAGGCAAAAGCUCGUUUCUUUCGUUUCGGCGUCUUCAUCUUCAUUGACAGCCGUUGUUGGUGCCUCCGAGUCUGACGAAGGGCUGCGUGGAAAACGAAGGAGAACGAAAUUGUGA